UUCAGCGCGAAGCUGGAAAAAACACCUCAGACUACCUGGAACCAGUCCAUUAUUUCUCGGCAUUCCCCGCCAUUCGCGGCCUUUUGUAAAGGAAAUUAAACUGAUACUAACGGUGGUAUGCUGCUUUUAGGCCUCUUGUGACUUAACACGAGCAGCUUUCUUCAGAAGUUUUGAGGUGACGGACGGUGUCAGUUUGUGGCUGUCACGCAGGCACGCGCACGCGCACGUAUCGCGCGCUCGAUCUCGCUGGUUUGCGGGAACGCGCCCGGGUCCCAGUCAGUCAGUCAGAACCGACCCGAGUCUCGAGCGGAAUACUGGCGGACAGAAACGACCACCUUUGGGAAACAAGACCAUAAACAUCUAAUUCAGUGUUUUCUGUGUGCACCGUGAAGUUGCUGUUGACAUGGGGACGCCAGGAUCAGGACGAAAACGGGCCCCAAUUAAAGACCGUUUCUCAGCCGAGGAUGAGGCUCUGAGCAGCAUCGCCAGAGAGGCGGAGGCAAGACUUGCUGCGAAGAGAGCAGCUCGUGCUGAAGCCCGGGACAUCCGGAUGAGAGAAUUGGAGCAGCAACAGAAAGAGCUCGAUGAGAAAUGUGACAAGCAGUUUACAGACACCUACAGCCGGCCGUCCUCUCGUUGUACCACCCCGGCGCUUUCCGCAGCUGCCCUGGCAUCUCUGGGAGGCAGCAGUUCUAGAAGGGGCAGCGGAGAUGCUGGAAGCAUCAUUAUGGAUGCAGAAGCUUCUAUCAGCGAGUUAAAGGACAUCUAUGAUCUAAAGGACCAGAUUCAGGAUGUAGAGGGCCGAUACAUGCAGGGUCUUAAAGAGUUGAAGGAUUCUCUGUCGGAAGUGGAGGAGAAGUACAAGAAAGCCAUGGUAUCCAAUGCCCAGCUAGACAACGAAAAGGCAAACCUCAUCUACCAAGUGGACACACUCAAAGACGUCAUCGAGGAGAUGGAAGAGCAAAUGUCAGAGCUGCACAGGGAAACAGAGGAGAAAUCAAAGGAGUUAGAGCGGCAGAAGCACACAUGUUCAGUCCAACAGCACAAACUAGAGGACAUGAAGGAGGGAAUUCGUCAGCGAGAUGAACUUAUCGAGGAGAACCAGAAAAUUCAGCAAAAGCUAGAUAACCUCACGAGAGAGGCAUUUGACCUGCAGGAAACUGUUAACUGGAAGGACAAAAAGAUUGCGGCGUUAGAGAGACAGAAAGAAUACUUUGAUUGCAUUAGGAAUGAGAGAGAUGAGCUCAGGGAUGAGCUGGCUGACCUCAAGGGGAAAAGCCGAAUGGGAGAGAAACACGGGCUGGUCAUCAUACCAGAGGAUAUGCCCAAUGGAGACGUCAGCCACGAGUCCCCUACCUCAGGCAUCACUGUGGUCACACAAGAGGCAGCGCAGGUGCUGGAGUCAGCGGGAGACGGACCUUUGGAUGUAAGACUACGAAAGCUUGUGGAUGAAAAGGAUGAACUUUUGUCUCAGAUCAGAAAACUAAAGAUGCAGCUGGAGGAAGAAAGACAAAAACACUUAAAGAUCGACAGUGUUUACACAGAAGGAGAGCGAAUGGAGAACGGCACUGACCUGCAUUUCAUCGAGAUGCAGAGGGACGCCAAUAGACAGAUAAGUGAAUACAAAUUCAAGCUUUCAAAGGCUGAACAGGAAAUGGCAACGAUGGAACAAAAUGUAAAUAGACUUGAAGGACAGGUGUCCAGAUAUAAAUCUUCAGCAGAUAAUGCAGAAAAGAUAGAAGAUGAACUGAAAGCAGAGAAAAGAAAACUUCAGAGGGAGCUGCGCACAGCCUUGGACAAGACCGAAGAAAUGGAAAUGACCAACAACCAUCUCAUAAAGCGUCUGGAGAAGAUGAAAGCAAACAGAAACGCUCUUCUGUCCCAGCAGUGAAGAGAGACUCUCCAACACCUUACAGUAGGACACCAAAAACAAAACUGCAGGCCCUUUACCUUCUUUCCAUGCCUCUCGUGGUAAAAUACAGAUGUACACCCCACUAAGACAACACUGUGAGGGAGGAAGCCUCUAAACCUUUUCUGAACCUGAGAAUAUUGUACUUCUGUUGGUUUUGUUGUUUUUAAAAGCUUGGUACAUCACGGUAGCCGUUGAGGUUUCAUUGCUUGGACUGGGUGCUUUUUCCCCCUCCUCUUUUGUAAGUUGCACGAGUAUAAAAGCGCUUUUUAAACUGUAAAUCGACAUGACUGCAGGGCCCUCGACUUCCAUGUAAAUGCUUACACAGCAAUGUGCCUUCACAGGGAGGACGAGGGUUAUAUGCAUUAUAACACUAUACAGGAAAAGCAUAUAUUUCUACCGGUACAAAAAACAUUGUGUUUAAUAAAGGGUACAGCCAUGAGUUGAAAAUUAUAGAGAAUUAAUCAUGUCUGCUAUGGUUUCAAUUAAGUAUUUUUGUUUCGUUUUUCAAAUAUUUAAAAUAUUUCUUGAAAGUAAAUGAAUGCAGUAUGAAUGGGUGGGUGAUUCAUGGAUUGUGAUUGUUUGCAGGGCACAUUGAAUUUUUUUAGGGUUUUUUUUAUUUUUUUUGAAGUGCUUUGUCACAAUGGACUACAUCAAUUUUACACUAAAUGUAAUGAUUUUAACUCCCAGUAAGAGACCGAUGUUUCUACUGUGACAUUGUGAGAUUUGAGAUUCAAGUCCCAAAUGCCACUUGAUGCCUUUCACGAUACUGUUGUAUUCAGGUUUGGUGCAACUUUUUAAUCACACUAGAAACCAAUUGUUUGACACUUCAUGUGCACAGUGAUUGUGACUAAAGCAGCUGCAAAGUAUACUGUAAAUAAACUACACAAUUUACAAACU